AUGGCCAUGACGGUGGAUCCCUUGAUGGCCUGCGAGCACGGAGAGGUGAUCCAGGCGAACCCUCCCAAGCUCAGUCGGGGAAAGAUCGCCGGGGCAGUGGCAGCGGCCGUUGCCACCUUCGUGAUCCUGGCCCUGUCGGGCUCGAGCUCGACGAGCUCCACGAGCUCGACAAGCUCGGCGGUUUCGCAGCCGGUGAAGAUCGAUGAAUCCAAGUUGUUGCAGGACUUCGACAUCACCGGGAUGGCAACCCCGAAGUGCUGGAAGAACAAGACCUUUUAUGUGGAGAUGAAUGGCGAGUUUGCGAUGCCCGGCUCCUCCAAGACUCCCCAGGCCACACCGGCCGCGUGCCAACUUUUGUGUGCCACCACCUUCGGGUGUGAGCACUUCUCUUAUUGGAAGGAUGGUGGCUGUCUCCUUACCAGCUACAACGCCUUUCCCAAGUCCUUCACUGGCCCUAACGACAACGCCGUCAUCUCAGGCCCUCGAAAGUGCUUGCCAAUGAACGACGGGCCCACCAUGGUUUUUGAAGGCUCGGCCCUCGGGUUGCCACCCUUCCACGCCCACCGUGCCACGGGCUGCGAAAGUUUGCAUGACGAGUACCAGCUCGCAUGGAAGGCGCAGGGUGAGACCUUCUUCGACGAUUGGCAGUUCAUCAACAAGAGCGAAACCAGGGGCGCAGAAUGGUACCUCAACAAGUCCGAGGCUUUCCACCAGGGCGUGGUGCACGCCUCCAAGGCCGGCGCCAUCCUCCGGGUCGGAGAGCAAGUGCAGCCCUUCAAGCGGCGCUCCGUGAUGCUUCACUCGGCACAGGCUUGGCGCCCGGAUGUCGGCUUCAUCGUGGCCAUGAAGUACAACCACGUGCCCUACGGUGCCGGCGUGUGGCCCGCCUUUUGGAUGGUGAACAGCGAUGUGAGUUGGCCGAAAGGAGGCGAGCUGGACAUCUUGGAGUAUGCCAAUGAUGAAGAGAACAAGGUCACCUUCCACACGGAUCAGAAGUGCAAGAUGAACAUCACCAAGCUGAAGAAGUGCUCCAAGAACAUCAAGAACAUCGAUCCCAAGAUGAUUCUCAGCUGCUACACCAACUACUCCGGCAAUGAGUUGGGCUGCAUGCCCCCUCAGGUUCGGAAGGAUGGCGAGUGGUUUGCCAAGAAUCCCGGCGUCAUCGCCUUGCUGUGGGAUGCAAGCGGAAUCACCAGCUUCCAUAUUCCAGCAAGCGAGAUUCCGGCAGACUUGGAGUCGGACCUGCCUCAGCCAAACACGUGGAAAGAUGACUGGCGAAUGGCCUUCAUGCCUUUUGAUGCUGAGACCUGCAUGAACAUUGCACGGCCUCAGGAGAUUGUUCUCAACAUCGCCCUUUGCGGCGAUUGGGCCGGGAACUCAUGGUUUACCAGUGAGACCUGCAAAGCUACCGGCUAUGUGCCGAACUAUUGCAUCCCAGGCCAUGUCACAGAGCCAGCCACGGACUGCUGCACGCUCUACGUCUCGAACCCAUCGGCGGAAGAGCCUCUGAAGACCCAGGCCUACUUCGACAUUGACUACAUCAAGGUCUUCGAGCCCAAAGGCAUCACGUUGCCCAGAUAUCCGGCAGGGACCUACCGGAACGGCGGCGUGUUCGUGGGCGAUGUCUGA